AUGUACAAAAAAACCGAGAAAAAAAAUCUGGUUGUGAAAAACCAGUGCAUCUUGAAGUCAUCAACUAAGACAAUGAUUCCACACUUUCACAGAACUCUACUUCCCAGACUACGAUCUAGGCAUCUUGGGUGGAGAGUGAUAACCCGAAGUAUAUCAAUUCCAGCAAAGCAGUCUAAGGUUGUCAUUGAAGAACCCCAGUCGUAUCAGAAUCCGAUUACACAACAAUACCAUGAUGAAUUUACAACGUACUUGACGGAUACAAAAGUGCCAAACAAACUAUUGAAGAAACUCAUCUACUCAAAAAUAGAGUCCUUAGUUGAGCAGCCAGUUGGAUUUGAAGGUGUGGAUCUUUUAAAUUAUGUCUUGAAAAAUAUCAACAAAAAUAGAUCAGAUGAACAAAUACCGUUGAAAUUAUCCAUAAAAAUAUUUGAUAGAAUGUAUGAGCACUUGCUUCGGGCACGUCCUGAUUUUCUUGAACGACUAUUGAGACAGUUAAUUGCAAAUGUGAAUAAACUACCCGAUCAAACAUUAAUAUUGGUGUUGGAUUUCAUUUCUCGGCAACAAGUGAAUGUCGAGGAGAUUUAUCACCGGUUGGAGUUUCGAAUAAAUGAUGAAUUUAUGGCAAACUAUAUUAAACAUCUAAAGAAUCAAAAUAGACUAAAUUUCGGUGUUUUUGAGUCAAUGAGCAAGAUACGGGUGACUGAUUCUUUUGUGUUUGGGUUGAAUAACUAUGUCGAGGGUCUAUUUGGCAACAAUAUACCGGAGGUACAUUGCUAUGAUGAUUUGGAGAAAAGCUUGGACAGGGUGCAGAUGUUGAUUUCCGAUGUCAUUGAGAACAUCGAUGUUCAAAAGCUGUCCAUUCCGGCGGUAUUCACCAUCUUUAAAUUGAACGAAGAGUUUUUACAAGUUCUGACAAGUUCACAAGCUGAAGUUGCUAGAAGAAAACUCCUUUAUGGGCUAGCUCUGAGGAACUCGGAAGUAAUCGACUCACUAAAGGAGCUGACUGAUCAGGAUGAUAUACUCAUUGAAUCGCUUUUAUUUUCAGCAAGGAAAGACGACGUCAAGUUUUGCAACACGUUGAUCGAACACGUGGUAAAUGACCUGAAGUACACACUAGCUCUUCAAGUUGAAGCUAAAUUGAUGAGUGAGGUUCUUCUUCAGCUGGAUUUAGAGGCCAUAUUGAAAUCAGAAGAUAUUUCGAAGGAAUCGUUUGAGUCAGUGAUACAAGCAGUUUCAAAGUCCCAUCCAGGGCUUACAAGCUACGCAUAUGACUACUAUAGACAGAACGGGUUGCAACCUUCAGCAAAAGUGUUUAAGUCGAUGCUUGACCUGGCGAUAAGUGAAAAUGACUAUCACCUUGCCUUUAAAAUUUUCAAUGACUCAACAACCUACAUACAAUGGCCGGAUCACUUUGACGAUCUCACCAUUUCCAAAACACUAAAUGAUCUUAUACAAUGUGUUGUGUCGAAUAUAUCAAUCAGAGAUUCAUUUCUCAUGUUUCGAAAAAUAAAAGCACAACUACAACAACAAAUCAAUAUCGAUUCUAUCAAUGUAUUGGCCACUGCCAUGUUAGAAGCAAACUUGGUGGGUGACACUCUCGAAAUGCUCAAGAGGGAACUUCCGAAGAUUAAAGGUGAAAAAUUGAGAUUACCUAUUGACAAACCAUUUGGGUACAAAUAUCUCAAAUUAUUCGAUACCCUUCACACUUAUGCAAUCACCAAUACAUUUGAUAAAUCGGUGACUAAUAACUGGUAUUUAUUCACGCAUUUGUACAAGUAUUUCCAUAUACCAGCUGAUCGAAUACUUCCAACACUAAAGUUCUUUUGUCAACAUGAGAGAUGGAAUGGGGCUUUAUUAAUCUUUAAUAAAAUGGUUGAUCAGUAUCAGCUACAUGGAGAUCACUCGUUUCAACCACCUUCAUUAGAAAUCUAUAAGUAUCUAUUGAACGAGUUUGGUGAUAAGUUGUAUGAAGAAGGUGUAAUUCAACUUCAUGAUUGGUUGAAAAUGGAUACAAAUAUUCCACGUGUUGGAUUGGAACUCACAAAUGUGAUUAUGAAUGCAUAUUGUAAUUUACAGGAUGUGGCAAAAGUGCGUGAUUUGUUUAUCGCUGCCAGUAUCAAUGAUAAAGUCGAUGAAGAAAGUGCAGUUAUCAUGAUUAAAGCUUAUACAUAUAAUGAUCUUCAUUAUGUGGAGAAAUUUUGGGACAAUUUAUCAAAGUUUGGAUUGAUUCCAAAUUACGACAUGUACAAGCAGUAUUUAAUUGCAUAUGCAUACUAUGGUAAAACAGAAAAUGCAUUUGAGUUGGUGGAAAAGAUUGAUGAUUAUGAUUUAAAUGUUAACGAGGACUUGUUGCUCAAUUUACACAACUAUUGUUACAUUGAAGAUAAACAACAAGAAAUAAAAGAGUGGGCAAGAACAAAUCAUCCCAAGUUGUGGGGGAAUGUUGAAAAUUCCGGCUUGCUUGUCGAGGCAACCGGGUACAAACCUCAUGAACAUUUUUUAGUUGAUGGAUCAACUGAAGAGAAACAGAAACUUAUAGAUAAAUAG